CCCUUGACCUCACCACCAUCUUGACGUCCCCGGCGGUCUUGAUGGAGCUUGCCCGGCUACUGGCCUCAUCGCGAUUGCCGUAGGAAGACAUUGUGUCUUCCCACAGCUAGCGAUAGCCAGUAUGCCCGAGCAGGGAGAGAAACGGCCGCACAUCCAGAAUAUCCCCAACAGGCCGAGAGAUCUUACCGAAGUGUCACGUACGGUACUGCGGAGUGAACAGGCAAAGCGAUGGACCAAGAAGUACAGGACCGAGGUCGCUGCAAGCUCUAGCAGUUUGCUUUCUACAUUCUCUGCAUAUCCCCUGGACUCGGUCAAGACUCGAUUGCAAGCCUACAAGUUCAAUUCCUUCUCCGACUGCGUCCGCCAUACAUACAGGACCGAGGGCUUCCACGGAUUUUGGCGUGGCGUCUGGUCUCCUCUCGCCAGCAUAACGCUCGUUCGAACCGUGUCCUUCUCCAUAUACCAACGGUCGAAAUACGUGCUCGAUGACUGGAUCUACCAGGCAACCGGCAGCUCGCCGCUCGUCAUUGCAAACACCAAAGAUGCUCUACCUACUUUUUCGACUAUCGCAUGCUUCGGAUUAGCAGGCGUGAAUGCGGGUGCUGCUAUUACCACAAUUGCCUGUCCUUUCGAGCUGACGAAGCUGAGUGCUCAAAUCUCCGUGCUGAUGGCUGAUCGCAACGACGGCGGUGGCAAGAAUGAAGCCAUACGGAAGAGCUACCAGAAUCUGGGAACGUGGAGGACGGCGCAAAAUCUGGUCAAGCAUCGAGGUUGGAGAGGUUUAUAUUCUGGGUUUCAUUUACAUUUGCUUCGUGAUUCGAUCGGCACCGGCAUCUAUUUCGUUACAUAUGAGAGUGUGAAGCAGAUCUUGGCGAAUGUGCGCGGAACUUCUCCCACACAUCCCUUAGCUGUGGUCGUAGCUGGAGGACUCUGUGGGCUCGUCAGUUGGGCAUGCAUAUUCCCAAUCGAUACUGCGAAGAGUAUCUAUCAGCGAAAUUGCCUUGUCGGAGGCAAAGAUAAGCAAACGCGGCCAAAGAUCCAGUUCUUCAACCGCCGUAUGUAUCGAGGUCUCGGCGUCUCCAUGUCCCGCUCCUGCGUAGUCAACGCUAUUUUUUUCACUGCAUUCGAGUUCACUAAGAAGCGCAUCAAUGGGAUGGCGUACGACGACGAGCUACUGCGCGAGAACGGUCUAUAAGCGCG